AUGGCCCAUCGCAUCGUCACUCAAGUCGUCGUCACCGGCGCCCGCGUGUUCGGCCGCGCUUUCGCCGAAGCCUACAAACAAGCCUCCGCCUCGUCCAAGUACGCCGCAAAGAAUGGGAAAUCGGGCAACUCGUUCGCGUCGUCUGGCCUGUCCCUCGAUGAGGCCUGCAAGAUCCUCAACGUGAAGCCUCCCCAGGGUGGCGAGACCAACCUCGAAACCGUGAUGGAACGAUUCAAAAAGCUCUUCGACAUCAACGACCCUAAGAAAGGCGGCAGUUUCUACCUACAGUCCAAGAUUCUUCGUGCCCGGGAAAGAAUAGAAAUGGAGGUCCGACAAGCCGAGCGCAAGGCCGCCCAAGAAAAGGAGCUGAAAGAGGGUUGGAAGCCCAAGGUGUACAAGGACCGGUGA